GACACAUCAGACAUUUACAUGUAGAUUAGGUUGGCAGACAUUUCAGGGAGUCUCCCCCUCGUGAGAGCCACUGGUAUGAUACAUGGGAUAAAUUCCUCAAUGAUAUUGAUAGCUAGUUUAAUUCAGCAUUUCAUUUCCCUUCUUUCCUCUUUAUUUCCUCUGUUUAUAUCUCGAAAUGAUAUAAUUGUAAUGAUUUUUUUCCUCUUUCAUUCUGAACAGUUGCACUGAAAUGUGCCCUUUCUUCUUGGUCAUAGGUUUAAUGCUUUUUAGAAUUAUGUUCUGUGGUAACUGAAAUGAGAAUAUGAAAUAAGUUUAAACAUUUUUCCAAAUGUAGUAGUGUGACUUGCUCAUUGAUGUGGAGGGAGUGAGGGAAUCUGCAUCAGAGCAGUGUCGCAAAUUUGUGUAGGAAAACCUGCUGCCAAAGUACAUUGCCACUGUUUACCACUGUACUGGGUGCUCUCUUCCUCUGUAUCACACCCAACCUCAUUAUCAUCCUAAGUGGAUAGUGGGUGAAAAAUAGCAGUCUUGCAUGAUCUGAUCACAAUUUCACAUCCUUGCACAAAGGCUAGGGAGUGGACUUGACCUGCCUGGCCACUAACAGUACAGCGUUAGCUAAUAAAGAGCAUGCAGCCACAGUUCACUCAAAGUCUGUCAUGAUCCCCUUUUGAAAUAUGUUAAAACCAAGCGUGAGUUUCAAGGCUGUCUGAGACAUUCUUUAUUGCCGUAUAAAAACUCGGAGGUGAUCUGAGGGAACGUCAGGCGCAACGUGGGCCACACGAAGCGAAGUCGAGAGAGCCGCUGUUCCUCUGUAAACUUCACAACAAACCCAGGAUUUUACACAACAUGAGAGCCGCAUCUUACACCCAGAAGAGCCUGCAGGUUAGCGGCUCCAGCGGCAGAGUAAGGGUUCAGAGCCCGUCACCUUCCCGGUGCCGUGGAUCCUCAUAUGACAGCCGUGGACGUUCGGGUUAUCGCAGCACUGCUGUCGAGUUGGGCACAGAGAUACACCAGCAUCAUGCCAACGAGAAAGAGGAGAUGCAGGAACUCAAUGUGAAGUUUGCAGGAUACAUUGAGAAAGUCCAGGCACUAGAGCAGAGAAAUGCUGCUCUUCAGGCUGAGCUGGCUGCACUGCAAAGCCGCUACAAGGGAAGCCCCACAGGCAUCGGAGAAGAAUAUGAGCUCAAGUUUAAAGAGGUGCGGGAGCUUAUUGAGGCUCUGACUAAUGAGAAGGGAGCAGCUGAUAUCGAACGAGGCUACAUUGAAGAAGAGGUUGAAGUGUGGAGACUAAAGCUGGAGGAGGAGCUGGCACUCAAAGAAGAGGCAGAGAUGAUCCUGAGGGAGUUUCGCCAAGAUGUUGACAACGCCACACUGCAGAAGGCUGAGCUGGAGAAGCGUAUAGAGCAACUGGUGGCCGAGAUAGAGUUCCUCAAGAAGCUGCAUGAUGAAGAGGUGGCCGACAUCAUGAAGCAGAUUGAGGACUCGAAGAUUACUGCAGAGCUGGACGGCGAUCGGCCUGACCUGGCUGCUUAUCUGCGCAACAUGCGCGCAGAGAUAGAAGCGGUCGCUGCCCGCAAUGUCCAGGAAGCUGAGAAGUGGUACAAGAGCAAGUUUGACACCCUCAAGGAGCACGCUGGCAAACACGAGGUGCAAAUGAAGGCCAUGAAAGACGAGAUCACGACCUUGCACAACCAAGUGACAGACCUGCAGAACCAGAUUGAUGGGCUGAGGUCUCGCAACGCAGCCCUGGAGCAGCAGCUGGAGGACAUGGAGAUGUCCCACAUGGAUAAGGUGGAAAGCCUUGAAAGUGUCAUUGCACAGUUGGAGGCCCAGCUCUGCGAAACCAAACUGGAGAUGACCAAGUAUCUCCAAGACUACCAGGAACUGCUGCACAUUAAGCUCAAGCUGGAUGCAGAGAUCGCCACCUACAGGAAGCUGCUGGAAGGGGAGGAGCACAGGCUUGGAAUUGCCAAAGAUGUCUAAAUGUCCGGAAUGAGAGGAGCUACAAGUCCAAAGUGGCCCCAGAGAAGACCAGCAGAGCAUCAUCAGCUCAGUCUAGUUAAAGACUUCCCUAUCUAUCCAUUCUUUCUCUAUUUUAUUCUCCUUACUCAAAGGGGACUGUUUGAAAUGUUUCAAUACCAGUGCCGAUUUGACAUCUGAGUUUCAGUAAAUAUAUGCUUGUUUAGAAAAUAACUAAAUAAGAUUACAAAUCUGAUGCCAGCUUUCUGUACUUGACAGUUUUGGAUACUUGGUGCUGCAGACACAUUUCACUCAGUACCCAGGAAGUAUUGAGGUUCAAUCCCCAGCCCUCCUUGCCAAGUUAGAUACCUUGCCACCCCCUGACCCCACCAUCCUUAGAUCUUUGCUUAUAAUGUCUACUUGCUACCAGUUCUUACUUCAAAUGUUUUGUAAUUUUCCUGCCACUUCCCUUGCCUUUCCCUGUCCAACUCUACCUUGUCAGCCCCCCGCCCCAUCCUGUUUUACGACAUCCCCCAGGUCUCUUUAGCCAGAUCCCUUUCUUUACUCCUUUUCCUACAACACCCUUGUUGAAUUCACUUUCUCUUUUCGUUUGCAAAUCAACCCUGCUGUUAUACCCCUCUCACCAUUUCAUUCCUUCUCUUUGCUACAUCUGCCACAGCUUCUCUUGAUCCAAUUUUCCCACCCCCUUUACAAAAAACACUUUUGUCCUGCUGUAAUGUGCCAUGUCUCAAACAGAGCGAACAAAUAUCAUUAGUGCUAUUACAGGUCUUUAUAGUGCCCCCCGAUUAUUCCAAAUGUUUGACAAGGCACAAUUAAUAAUGUUGACCAAAUGUUACUUAAUAAAGAUUGAAGUGAGUGCAU